GUGGCUUGAGCACAUGACAUUGUUGUUGCGCCGUCACGCCAGCGGUGCGGACAAGGUCCGGUACAAAAUCAUGCGCCGCUCUCACCCGCAGGACGUUCAUUUUUUUGUGGCACGUGCUGGAGCUGCGGACCGGAUCCGGUCGAUGGAGCGGUGCGAGAUCUUGAGCCGCAGGCCGAACGGGAAUGGCACGAGUUUUCACAUACUGUAUUGCGAGGCGGUCCGGCAGACCUUCACCAUCUUUGGCACCAGGGGCCCAAUUGACAUUUACUCUCCGCGCCAUUCUGCGCUGCUCCUGCAAUGGAGCGGCAGCAAGAGUGGAACCAUCGAUUGGAAGCUAUUGGAGAAGAAGUGGCACGUCGACAGUGGCCCCGUUGCCUUGGCCUCGCGCCUGCAUGGGGUGACUGGCCAGGGGCGGAAAAUGGUGGCCGCUCGACGCGUCAACUGGGAGCUCCGGGCCAGGGGUCUGCCGCCGUUGGAGGGCACAGUCGUCUACGCCCCUUGGCCGGCAGCUUUACCAGCCAUGCGAAGCGCAAUGUGCGUUGCCAUCCGGUUGCGCGACAUUGAGCGCCCCCCGUCUGAGCUAACAUGGUUGCUUUCUCACGUCAGGAUUGUCGCCCGUGCCCCGCCCAAGUUUCGGGCGCAAUGGAACGCCCCUGCGGUCAGCAAGCGGCUGUGCGCCGAUGAUCUGUUGAACGUCGAUUCCCGUUCCCUGGCGCAUGCUGCCGACGGCAUCGGCAUGCGCCGGAUCGAUCGGGUAUGGGACGUUACGGUAAGGUGUAGCCAUGAGGACAUGCUUGCAUCUCUUCGCUCUCACGUUGCGCGUGCCUGCACCCGCUUGUGCCUUUCAGCUUCUGUGCACCAGCAGGCUCGUUCCGUCGCGUGCGACCGGUUGGCCACGAGCCGCUCCUUCCGCCUCGAGCAGAAGCGAUGGCAUCGAUCGCAAUCGUUGUAUGACCAGUAUACAUCCGACAUGCACGUGCGUCCGGACGAGGCCCUCGUUCCGGACGAUAAGUUUAAAAAGUACAUGUGGCUCUUGCCAUGUAUUGCUUACCAAUGGUUAAUCUUGUCGUUCGCAAUAUCCGCGCCCGCUUGGCGUCUUACAUGUCUUGACUGGGCAAGUGCGAAUGACUGGUGCUGGAGUGUACUUGAUGAGCUCUUGACUCCGUCCGUCAAGGCCUUCGUGUGUUUCCACCGAUAUGCUCGUGUUGUUCCUUACAUGUAUGGCACCGUCAAGUCAAAGUGCUUCCGCGGCGGCGUCCGCGUAUGCACCCGCGCGGGCCACUCGUGCUUGCGGAAAGUCGUGUCUUUCGCCGCAUGGCCCAUGCGGCGCCGGUGGCGAUACAUCCACCGCGCGCUGGAAACGGUGAUGCGGGAAUACGGUGGCGGCGACGAAGUGUGGUCACUGCGGGAGGCUACCCAAGUCAUGAAUGCACGUAUCCAGGCCGCCCGCCCCACGUCAGUGCACCGGACUUGUGCCCGUUGCCAGAGGGCCAAGGUGGCGUCCACGGCCGUUGUUGCAGAUGCGGGCCAAUUUUUCGAAGCCGUCCGACCGCGCGAUGCCAUCUGCGCCGCGCGCACCGUCCUCUUGCGCUGCCAGCGUGCCACAGGUAAGGAGGCCGUCACGGUCCUCAAGAACCAGAGGCGCGUGGCAUUCUUCGGCGGCGCUGGCGGCGUGCACGACGGUAAAAAGGUGUGCUUCAGUUUUACUGACUUGUUGCUUGCUUUCUCGGCGUGCAUGUUUGUGACUUUCUGCUCUCUAGGCGACAAGGUUUUCCAUCUUUCCGGGCUUCCGAUCGGGGGCGUCCUUUCGAAGGUUGCCGCCAGUUUCGUGCUGGGCCUGGAGGAGAACCGUUGGUCGUUGGACGUGGCGCGGCGGAGGUCCUUGGGUUUCGCUGCCACCAACCCCGCGUGGGACAGAGAAGUGGCCAGGGGCAGGUACGUAGACGACCUCCUCUGGGUGAGCUCUGUUUACUGCUGGGCGUGCAUGUGCGAGGCUGUUCAUGAAAUGUAUUCGGUGCCGUUCGAAAUUGCUCGACAAAGUCACGUUGCUGAUUGGCUUGACGUUCAGCUAGACCUCGCGAGCCACGCGUGGCGCAUGGCCCCCAAAGAGGUUGUGCUGCCGCCCCCGUGGGCCGCGUCCCGGGGCUACGCGCGCGGCCUGGUCCUGGGCCGGUUGCACCGUUGGUCCGAAGUCGGCCUGGUAGAAGCUGCGUGGGUGGAAGCAGCUGCGCACCUCAUGCUGCGCUUCCGCUCGGCAGGCUGGCCGAUGCGUGUCCUGAGGGCCGAGAUGGCGCCGCUGCUUGGGGCGCUCCUGCUCGCCUGCCCGGUCGCCGUGGCGGCCGGAAAGGGCGGCGGCGGCAAAGGAUACGCUUCGUGGGGGAGUUCAGGGAGCUCCGGUUCUGGCUGGGGCCAUGGGCGUGAAUGGGGUUCAGGACAGGGCUACCAGAGUGGCCUGGCCCACAAGGUAAAUGAGUUGUGCGAAGCUUCCGGAGUAGACGAGGCGGAACGUAAGGAGCUUGCAGAAUUCCGGCGCCAGGCAGAGGUUCAGCGCAUCCGGGAGGAAGUGCUGGCGAGCGCGGCCUUCGUGCCCCCCACCGGCGGCGGUGGCUCUCAAGGAGGAGCGCGCCGUCAGGCCGAGGCUCCUCUCUCGCCCAAGACGCUGCGGGCCGUGCACGCGGAGACGCGCCUCAUGGAGCCCGGGGGCACCAUCAAGCAGCUGGUGUCGAAGGGUGCCGAUACGUGGACCGCGGUGCAGGAGGAGUUGCAGGCGCAGGCCCUCCCGGACGUCAAGAAGCUCCUUGGCCAGAUUCAUCCAGGAGGUGCCGACGCCGUGCCCCGGACGCGACACGAGGCAGUCAAGGCUCUCAUGGCAGCCCUCCAAGGCGACGCCUGA